UGCCCACGUCAUCACUUCCGACAACACGUUUCAGGAAGUUCCACGUCAGAUUUUUUUUUUGUGUUGCCGUGUAGAGGAGCGCGUACAGAACCGGUGUCAGAACCGUAGGAUUUCUUUAGCAAGGGGUAAAAGCAAACAAGAGCAGAUAUGCCUCUCAGGCUUGACAUCAAGCGCAAGCUCACGGCUCGGUCGGACCGCGUCAAAAGCGUCGACCUCCAUCCCACCGAGCCAUGGAUGCUGGCCAGCCUGUACAACGGCAGCGUGUGCGUCUGGAACCACGAAACACAAACUUUGGUGAAGACCUUCGAAGUGUGCGACCUGCCAGUGAGAGCUGCGAAGUUUGUCGCCAGGAAGAACUGGGUCAUAACCGGAGCAGACGACAUGCAGAUCCGCGUUUUCAACUACAACACGCUCGAGCGCGUGCACAUGUUCGAGGCGCAUUCCGAUUACAUCCGAUGCAUCGCCGUGCACCCAACCCAGCCCUACAUCCUCACCAGCAGUGACGAUAUGCUGAUUAAGCUGUGGGACUGGGAGAAGAAAUGGUCGUGCAGUCAGGUGUUCGAAGGCCACACGCACUACGUCAUGCAGAUCGUCAUCAACCCCAAGGACAACAACCAGUUCGCGAGCGCCUCGCUGGACAGGACCAUCAAGGUAUGGCAGCUUGGUUCCUCGUCUCCCAACUUCACCCUGGAGGGCCACGAGAAGGGAGUGAACUGCAUCGAUUAUUACAGCGGCGGCGAUAAGCCGUAUCUUAUCUCCGGCGCCGACGACCGGCUGGUGAAAAUCUGGGACUACCAGAAUAAGACGUGCGUGCAGACGCUGGAGGGUCACGCCCAGAACGUGUCGUGCGUCAGCUUCCACCCCGAGCUGCCGAUCAUCGUGACGGGAUCCGAGGACGGCACGGUGCGCAUCUGGCACUCGAGCACCUAUCGGCUGGAAAGCACUCUGAACUACGGCAUGGAGCGCGUCUGGUGCGUGUGCGGCCUCCGCGGUUCCAACAACGUCGCACUCGGUUACGACGAGGGCAGCAUCAUUAUUAAGCUUGGUCGCGAGGAGCCCGCCAUGUCCAUGGACACCAACGGGAAGAUUAUCUGGGCCAAGCAUUCUGAGGUCCAGCAGGCCAACCUGAAGGCCAUGGGCGACACGGAAAUUAAAGACGGAGAGAGGCUGCCACUGGCCGUCAAAGACAUGGGCAGCUGUGAGAUCUACCCCCAGACUAUUCAGCACAACCCUAAUGGAAGGUUCGUGGUGGUUUGCGGCGACGGAGAGUACAUCAUCUAUACAGCCAUGGCUCUGAGGAACAAGAGCUUCGGCUCAGCCCAGGAGUUUGUUUGGGCCCACGAUUCUUCAGAGUACGCUAUUCGAGAGAGCAGCAGUGUGGUGAAAAUCUUCAAGAAUUUUAAGGAGAAGAAGUCCUUCAAACCUGAUUUUGGGGCCGAAGGCAUCCACGGUGGCUUCUUGCUGGGCGUGAGGUCCGUCAACGGCUUGGCUUUUUACGACUGGGAGAACACCGAGCUGAUACGCCGCAUCGAAAUUCAACCAAAACAUAUCUUCUGGUCCGACUCUGGAGAGCUCGUGUGCAUCGCCACAGAGGAGUCCUUCUUUAUCUUGCGCUACAUGGCAGACAAAGUGGCUGCAUCCCAGGAGUCCAACGAAGGGGUCACCGAAGACGGCAUCGAGGACGCUUUCGAGGUGCAAGGUGAGAUCCAGGAGAUUGUAAAGACAGGUCUGUGGGUGGGAGACUGCUUCAUCUACACCAGCUCGGUCAACCGGCUGAACUAUUUUGUCGGAGGCGAGAUCGUCACCAUCGCUCACCUGGAUAGGACCAUGUACUUGCUGGGCUACAUCCCGAAAGAUGACCGCCUGUACCUCGGAGACAAGGAGCUGAACAUCGUCAGCUACUCGCUGCUGGUGUCGGUGUUGGAGUACCAGACAGCCGUCAUGCGGCGCGACUUCUCAAUGGCCGACAAGGUGCUCCCGACGAUUCCGAAAGAGCAGAGGACCAGGGUGGCCCACUUCCUGGAGAAACAGGGUUUUAAACAGCAAGCGCUGGCCGUCUCUACCGACCCAGAGCACAGGUUUGAACUUGCUCUCCAACUAGGGGAGCUGAAAAUUGGCUACCAGCUAGCAGUUGAAGCAGAGUCUGAGCAGAAAUGGAAGCAGUUGGCAGAGUUGGCUAUCAAUAAGUGCCAGUUUGGCUUGGCACAGGAGUGCCUUCAUCACGCCCAGGACUACGGAGGCCUGCUGCUGUUGGCUACAGCCUCUGGCAACGGCGCGAUGGUGAGCAAACUGGCUGAGGGCGCAGAGCGAGACGGCAAGAACAACGUUGCCUUCAUGACCUACUUCCUGCAGGGGAAAUUGGACCAGUGUCUGGAACUCCUGAUUAGAACCAAUCGCCUGCCUGAGGCCGCCUUCCUUGCUCGCACCUACUUGCCCAGCCAAGUGUCCAGAGUGGUAAAGCUAUGGAGAGAGAGCCUUUCGAAAAUCAACCAGAAAGCGGCAGAAUCCCUGGCCGACCCCACCGAAUACGAGAACUUGUUCCCUGGGCUGAAGGAGGCUUUCGUGGCUGAGCGGUACCUCCGAGAAACCUGCCUGGACAAGAGCAGGCCUGCCACCGACUACCCACUGGUCACGCUCAACGAGGAGCGGAACAUACUAGAAGAAGCCAGCGGUUACGAACCUAAAGGCGUUCUUCCCACUCAUACACAGCAGAGCUCCGAACCUGAGAAGGCUACAGCAGAAGCAGAAGUUUCGCCAGUCACGGAUGCUGCUGUAGCCGCUCCCGUUGCUAGUGCGGCUCCUCCGCAGCCCGAACCUGCAGAAAAAGACGACAAUAUUACACAGUUCAGAGAAAAGACCCUGGAGGAACUGGAGGACGACCUGGACAACAUGGAGCUGGACGACAUCGACACUACAGACAUCAACCUGGACGACGACUUCUUAGACGACUGACCGCAUCCCGAGAUGUCGAAAUUUAUUUAAAAAAGACCAAACAUUUACUUUGUCGUCCUGUCGUUAACCGCGAAGUCUCCCCAGAGCAGAGAAAAUGGAAGGGUGAUGUGGACUGAGCAGGAUAUCUUUUGGGAACAUGCUGUUUAAAGAGGGGGGGUGUAUGUGUUCGAAUUUUCUACUACAUGCAGGUUCUUGUUUUUGUUUUUUUUCUUUUGCCAUUACAUUACAAACUGUACAUUUCGAGUCAUGAUUCAAGUAAUGAAUAAAUCUAUACAAUAAUCUAUAA